GCCAAUUUGUGUUGGGUGGCAAAGUUGCAACUUUUCACUGGGGUAGUUGAAUGAAGCUGACUUGAGAGACAGGAAACCCCAAUAUGCUUUCCGAGUUUCCACAGGAAUAGAAUAGGAAGAAAGGGUUAACCUGUAAAUACGUGUGGUGCUUGCUUGUGGAGGGAGUUGUGGAUUCUUUCGGCCCUGCCGAUUGAUUAUCGAGAAUAAGAAGAAGUUGAAAAGAGAACAGCUUGUAACUUUCUCCCUUUCCUCCCUUCUUGGCUUGUUGAACAUUUGUAUUUCACGCCCACUUUCUCCAAUCUAGGGUUCCUGAAUCUUCUCUCGUUCUCUAUUUCAGUAUUUCCUGCUUCCCACAUACGCAGGGUAGCAGCAUACGGCCAAUUCGAUCCUCCAUUCUCCGCGUCAGUGGGAUCAGAUGGACAAUCAAGCUGCUACCAGUUGCUCCGCCUGCAGCCCCGACCAGGAGAAGCAGAUCGUAAAGCAAUUGACACGCGAAGCUGAAGCCUCUUUGAAGGAAGGCACUUUGUUCUUUGUCAUCUCCGCAAGGUGGUUCUCGGGCUGGGAGAGGUAUGUGGGUCGAAGUGCCACUGACUGCUUAUCUGACUCGCCGUCAUCUGAUUCCGAUGAAUCCACUUCCAAGCCUGUAGAUAGACCUGGUCCAAUCGAUAACUCUGAGCUAAUUGAGAAUGAUAGUCAAUCUGAGGGUGGUGAUUUCGAUCUGGUCAGAACCUUGCUUGAAGGCAAGGACUAUGUUUUAGUGCCGCAGCAAGUUUGGGAAAAGCUUGUGCAGUGGUACAAGGGAGGUCCAGCAUUGCCGAGGAAGGUGAUUUCGCAAGGUGUUUCCAAUAAAAAGCAACUCAAUGUUGAGGUUUAUCCACUUCGUCUGAAGUUGAUUGAUUUUAGAGACGAGAGCACGUACAUAAUCAAGUUAAGCAAAAAGGCUUCUUCACAUGAGCUGUAUGAGAAGGUUUGUGCACUUAGAGGAGUAGAGCGUGAAAAGUGCUUGAUUUGGGACUACUUCAACAAACGAAGACAUUCACGACUGCUUUAUUCCAGUCAUACCCUUGAGGAAUUGAACUUGCAGAUGGACCAAGAGAUUCUUCUCGAGCUACCAGUGGAUCGAUCAUACGCUUCCCAACAUGGAAGAGAUUCAACUGGUAAUGAAUUAGCUGUGGUACCCAUGGAGCCUCAGAGGUCCCACCAGUCAAUUGCUGGGGGCUCAAGUGUGUCAAAUGGCCACUCAACCUCAUAUAGCCUCAACAUCAAGCCAGGAAAUGUGGACUCUAUCUUUAAGGAUGCGGAUGAGGGUCUUGGUGGUCAGAGCUCUUCGGGGAAGGGAGAGAAGGGAGGUUUGGCAGGAUUGCAGAAUUUGGGGAAUACGUGUUUUAUGAAUAGUGCGUUACAGUGCUUGGUCCACACCCCACCUCUUGUUGAUUACUUCCUUAAGGAUUAUGCUGCAGAGAUCAAUAAAGAAAAUCCAUUAGGAAUGCAUGGUGAGCUUGCACUUGCAUUUGGGGAGUUGUUGAGGAAAUUGUGGUCGUCAGGGCGGACCUCAAUUGCACCUCGUGCUUUUAAAGGGAAACUAGCACUAUUCGCUCCACAGUUUAGUGGAUAUAAUCAGCAUGAUUCCCAAGAGCUCCUUGCUUUUUUACUGGAUGGCCUACAUGAAGAUUUGAAUCGUGUGAAACGGAAGCCUUACAUUGAAAUGAAGGACAGAAGUGGUCAUCCGGAUGAGGAAGUUGCCGACGAGAGUUGGCAGUAUCACAAGGCCCGGAAUGAUUCUGUGAUUGUCGAUGUCUGCCAAGGUCAAUACAAGUCAACUUUGGUCUGCCCAGAUUGCAGCAAAGUCUCUGUUACUUUUGAUCCACUCAUGUACUUGUCAUUACCAUUACCUUCUACAGUCACUCGGACUAUGACCGUGACAAUAUUUUAUGGGGAUGGAAGGGGUCUCCCAAUGCCAUACACGGUGUCAGUGUCCAAACAUGGCCAGUGCAAGGAUCUUAUCCAGUCACUGGCUGUCGCAUGUUGUUUGAGAACUGAUGAAAGCCUUCUGUUGGCAGAAGGGACUGGGAAAAAGAAACUAGAGAUUCUUCAUCGAGAAAGUUCUUCAGCUGGCAUUAGAAAGUAUUUUGGAGCACCUCUGGUUACUUAUUUGGAAGGGGAGCCACCAACUGGAGCUGAUAUUGAUGUUGUUGUAUCAAGAUUACUCUCACCCUUAAGAAGAACCAGUUCUUCUAUGAUUGCGCACAGUAAUGGUGAAAUGUCUAGUGUAUGCUCAGUUGAGUGCGAAACAAAGGAUCAGCCAAUGGAUGAUGUUGUUGAUGAGCAAGAUGGUCCCAGCCAACAACUGUCAAACCAGCUCUUCUUAUUUGAAGAUCGGGGCUCAAGUGGCAAGCCUAUCUUUAGGGACACUGUCAUCAAAACUGGAAACCACACAAAGAUUUGCCUAGACUGGAGUAAAGAAGAACACAGGUUAUAUGAUUCUAGUUACCUUAAGGAUCUUCCUGAUGUGUAUCACAAGACUGGAUUCAGUGCAAAGAAGACCCGGCAGGAAGCCAUCUCUUUGUUUUCGUGCUUGGAGGCAUUCUUAAGGGAGGAACCUCUAGGGCCUGAUGACAUGUGGUAUUGUCCCAACUGUAAAGAGCAUCGUCAAGCUACCAAGAAACUGGAUUUAUGGAUGUUGCCAGAGAUUCUUGUUGUUCACAUGAAACGGUUCUCGUAUAGUAGAUGGUUUAAGAACAAGCUGGAUACUUUUGUGGAUUUCCCGAUUCAUGAUCUUGAUUUGAGCAACUAUGUGAAGAAGAAGGAUGGGAAUUCAUGUACAUACGAGCUUUAUGCCAUCAGUAAUCAUUAUGGUGGCCUAGGUGGCGGACAUUACACAGCAUAUGCCAAGCUAAUUGACGAGGACAGAUGGUAUAGCUUCGACGAUAGCAGGGUAUCUCCAGCUAACGAGGAGGAGAUCAAGACUUCGGCUGCAUAUGUAUUAUUCUACAGAAGAGUGAAACCUCAAGAUCAGAGGGGGAAGACAUCAUAAGGGUUGUUGCAGUUUUCUCAAAGGUCAGGAUCUAUACCAUAACAGCUUGAACCUUUUCUUAUCCAUCCAUCGAAUAGAAAUCCCAGAAGGCUUUCCUUGAAACGGGUUUAUUAUCGGUCUAAGUUUAAUUUGGUGGGCAAGAGACUGAGAGUUUGGUCCUGAGUAAAAGGAUGGCCUUUCCUUUUUCCGUGGGGAGGGUGUUCUGAUUGGAUGAUAUAAAGCAGCCGCCACAGUAUAAGAUUCCCCGCGGCGGAAUGAUGGUGGGAAGAAAGAAACAAAGAUGGAUAGAAAGGAAGGACGAAGGGUUCUGUGAGCUAUGUUGUAGCCAUGUGCUUAUGUUGUGGACUGACAGAGGCAGGCAGGUAAAAUUAGCUGUAGCUACGGAAAUAGUAAGGUAAGAUGGGAGGUUUAUUUCUUUCUGCCUGCGGCAAUGAACAAAUUGCUGUUUCUAUGUUGGGGAGAGGUGUAGUGACAACACACUGUCCCACCAAUUUUUCAACUAAGUUUAUUGUUAUUAUUACCUAGAUUUAUAUCACGGAUCCAUUUUGCCUUUCCUCCUCAAAUUAUGUUCGCUACUUCAUUGUCCUUAUCGGACUUCAUCGUUCUUAUCAGUGUUAAUGGUGCCAUAUCGGCCUGACUGAAAUCUACUUCAAUCAGACCAGUACGGUAUACAUAAAGAAGA